AUGUCUUCAGAAGAAGGAGAAGAUGUUCUACCAAAGGAUGAUGAGAUCCUUAAAACUAAAAAAGACAAAUAUAAGGUCAGCGUUUGUCUAGAUCGAGAAGUAUUCCUCUGAUGAAAAUUAUUUUUAGGUAAUCACUUUACUCGGAAAAGGUGGAUAUGGUGCGGUAUUUUCUGUGGAACGCCAAAGUGACAAAAUGCGAUUCGCAAUCAAGUGUGAAAAAUCGAGCGCUGUCAAAAAAGUGCUUCUGAUGGAUUGUAAUGUGCUAAAGGGUGCAUCACAAAUUAAAUCAAAACAUUUUUGCACAGUUCUGGAUCGAGCGGCUGUAAAAGAUCGAUUCAAUUUCAUUGUCAUGAAACUGGUUGGUGUUUCUAGGAAAUAUAUAACUAUUUUCCAAAAUAAAAUAAUUCGCAGAUUGGCAAAAAUUUGUGGGAUCUUCGACAAGAUCGUCCCGAUGGUAGAUUCAAUCUGAAUACUGCUCUUAAAACUGCAUCUCAAUGUCUAGUUUCAAUCGAGCAUUUACAUCGAUUCGGUUAUCUUCAUCGAGAUAUCAAACCCGGAAAUUUUGCCGCCGGUCAAAAAGAGACAAAUGAACAUCACAUUAUUUUCAUGCUAGAUUUCGGACUUUGUCGUGAAUUUGUAAACCGCAAAGAUGGAAAAGAUAUUCGAACUCCAAGAACAUCAGCGCCAUUUCGAGGAACAACUCGAUAUGCUCCGCUCAGUGCAAUGCAACAAAUUGAUCAAGCUAGAAAAGAUGAUAUUGAAGGAUGGUUGUAUAUGGUUGUAGAAUGGACAUCUGGUGGUUUGCCGUGGCGAAAAUUGAAGGCUCAAGAUCGAGAAAAGGUUCUUGCUUUCAAGCAAGAAAUUAGGAAUCCAGCGAAACCGGAAGCACUCGAUGACUUUUUCUAUAACUGCCCGAAGAAAGAAUUCUCAAGAAUAAUGAAAUAUGUUGAUGGUUUGAAUUAUUAUUCCUUACCAGAUUAUCAAUUCAUUUAUUUUUGCAUUCAACAUGCGGCAUCUGCAAAUGGUUGCAAAGAUAGUGAUCCAUUAGACUGGGAUCCUGAUCAUCCGUAUAGUGGGCCAAUUGAGACACCGGGAGAUGGAAAAGUUAUUGAUUUGGAAGUUGAAGCUGGAGGUGAUGAUUUCUCGAAACGAAAGGAUAGUACAAAGAAGGAUAAAAGAAAGAAAAAUGAGAAGGAUCUUCCAGAAGAAAAGGGGAGAAAAUAA